AUGGGAGGCGAGCUGGAGAGCGCCUCCCGGCAGAUCAGGAGCGGCCACCUUCCCGUCGACGGCGUCGUCGACUACCGCGGCCGGCCGGUGUUCUCCAGAUCCACGUACGGCGGCUGGACCUCCGCCUUCUUCAUCAUCGGUAAUGAAACGCUGGCCAUUUCAGCAGCUUCAAGGUCGUUCCAUGAUUUGGCUUUUCACCUGGUUAUGAGAUGCUCGGGUUGCCGUCGGCGGCGGCUGUCGUCGCUGUCGCUGCAGGGGUGGAGGUGGCGGAGAGGUUCGCGUACUACGGGAUCUCGUCGAACCUCAUCACCUACCUGACGGGACCGCUCCAGGAGUCCACCGCCUCCGCCGCCGCCAACGUAAACGCCUGGAGCGGCGUGUCCAUGAUGCUCCCCCUCCUUGGCGGCACCCUCGCCGACUCCUACAUCGGGCGGUACCGCACCAUCGUCGUCGCCUCCCUCCUGUACGUCCUGGUUUGUUCCCUCCGAUGCCCUAAUCAACUACUUUUGUCAUCAGUCUCUCCAAUUCGAUCGGCGGCGCCCGAGGAAUCUGCUGCCCUGAUUUUUUUUCCCCUCAUUUUUACCUUCUUUUUCAUCCUUCGAAGGACCGUGAUUUUGCCGAGGAACCCAUAUCUCGGUACCAGUAAUUGGAUUCCUUCUCUGCGUCCAGCCUUAUUCGCCAUGGAGAGUGACCUUUUGGACAGUCAUGGUGGUUUCCCUUCCAUCCAUCUCACCUGCCUUUAAAAAGUGUUUCUUGUUUGAAUAUUCCGACACUAUAUGGCGAUGAUGACGAUGCGUCUACUUGCGACAAAGAAGCUUUCCGGAUUCAUCUGUUACCACGUUGACUGAAGCAUCUAUGCAAAUGGGAAUCCCCCCCCCUAAGAAUCUUCCUCUUAUUCUCGCUCGACCUCAAUCACUUGCUUCUGUUGAAUGAUCGGAAUUUCAGGGCCUGGCCAUGCUGACACUGUCGGCAGUAUCUCCCGCCCUCCGCCCGACGGAAUGGCGCACCAACGUCUACCUCCAACGCUGUCUUCCCACGCAGUACCAGACCGUCUUCUUCUUCUUCUCGUUGUACCUGGCGGCAAUCGCGCAGGGAGGGCACAAGCCCUGCGUGCAGGCCUUCGGAGCAGAUCAGUUCGACGAGAACGAUCCCGAGGAAUGCAAGUCCAGGAGCUCCUUCUUCAACUGGUGGUACUUUGGGAUGAACGGCGGCAUGAUAUUCACCUUCCUGAUCGUGAAUUACGUCCAAGAGGAGGUUGGCUGGGGCCUGGGCUUCGGAAUUCCCUGUAUUUCCAUGGCGCUGGCGAUGGUGGUCUUCCUCGUCGGCACCCGGAGUUAUCGCUAUUGUCUUCUCACCAGCAAGAAUCCCUUCACUGAUCUUGCUCAAGCCUGCACUAGGCCCUUCCGAAAGUUGCAGAACCAGCCAAAACUGGAUGCUGAAGUCGUCGAAACCCUUCUCCCUCAAGCUGCUGCCGUGUCCAGGUGAGACCACCCGAAAUUUGUUUCCAUAUUUCAUCGAAUCGUACGAAUGUGAGGUGAAAAAGUUACUCUUUCAUACCUGCUCGCUUUACAGGGCUGCCGAGGACUGGUACGAUUCACGAGGGAAUGAAGAACACAAGGGCGAAUCCUCGCCAGGAAUCCUCAGGCUGUUCCCAAUCUGGGCAUCCUGCUUGAUGCAUGCCGUUGUGUUCGCUCAGUCGUCGACCUUCUUCACCAAGCAAGGCAGCACCAUGGAUAGAAGAAUCGGCCCCACCUUCCUCAUCCCCCCUGCGGCGCUACAGAGCUUCAUCAGCAUCUCCGUCGUCGUCUUCAUUCCCAUCUACGACCGGAUCCUCGUCCCCAUAGCCAGAGCCUUCACCGGAAGACCAUCCGGUGUGACGAUGCUCCAGAGAAUCGGCAUCGGACUGUUCCUCUCCAUCGCCUCCAUCGUGGUAGCCGCGCUCGUGGAGAUGAAGAGGCUCAGGACCGCCAGAGAUUUCGGACUGGUUGACCUACCAAACGCCACCAUUCCCAUGAGUCUGUGGUGGUUGGUCCCUCAGUACGUUCUCUAUGGAGCUUCAGAUGUUUUCGCCAUGGUUGGCCUGCAAGAGUUUUUCUACGACCAGAUGCCUGACGGGCUGAGGAGCCUCGGCCUGGCCCUCUACUUGAGUAUCUUCGGAAUCGGGAGCUUCAUCAGCAGCUUCCUCGUUUCGGCGAUCGACAGAGCCAGCAGAAACAACGGGGACAGCUGGUUCUCCAACAAUCUCAACCGCGGCCACCUCGACUAUUUCUACUGGCUCAUCACUGGCCUCAGUUCCGCGGCGUUGAUCUUCUUCCUGUACUUCGCUCGGCUCUUCCAUUACAAGAGCAAGAUCAAGGCCACCGUCUGA